AUGACCGACUCCAAACCGUGGCCUUGCACCGUAGCGCGGUCGACCGGCACACAGAGCAAAGACCUUCUGUACUCGCUCCUUGCCACUGCAGAUUUCGACGAGAUAUCCAGUGCGGACGAUUUCAACGCCGUGAAAGAAUAUAUCAGCGGUCGUGGGGCCAUAAACCAGCUUGGCCUCACGACAGUCGGUCUAACAUUUUGGGUGUAUCCAACGGGAUUGCAUGGCCCGUAUCACAUCACAGACGAGGGGAAUGUCGAGGAGCACGGCCUGUUACUCACCGUUGAAAGCGGAGUGGCUGUAGGGGAUAUCGUUGAGCAUGCGAGGGCUGGCCUUAAGGAAACGCUUGUGCACGAGCAUAUCGGUAGCGCGGCUGCCUGA